UGUGACCCUAUUGACACCAAACCAUUCACAAUCACACCCACCCACAUUAUAACACGGCCCUCUCCACAGAAUCCGCAAGGAACUCCGAUUCGUUAAUCUCUCCCGCUAUGAUUUCAUCUCAAGAAAUCUCUUGAUUCAUAAAUUCUCGCACCCAAAUCCGAAAUUUCCCAGCUUUUUGUGUAGAUUUCCUGAACUCCCAGCCGGGAAACCUGUUAAAAUUCUCCGAUGGGAUACCUCUCUUGCAAGGCAGAGACCGCCGUCGCCGUCGUCACCGGGGCCACCGCAGCUGUCGGAGGGAAAAAACCAUCUGCGGCGAACUCCGGUGGCAGACAAGAAGUUGAACCCGCCACUAAUGGCUUCUCCGACCAGAAGCUCCUCGGCAAAGGAAGCCAUGGAAGCGUCUACAAAGCUGUCGUGCGUGGCCGAAGGGUCGCCGUGAAGAAGCCGUCCAGGGGUCAGGAGCUGAGCCAAGAAGUCAACAACGAGAUCGAGAUUCUGUCCAAAAUUCACAGCCCCAGGUUGGUUAAUCUCCUAGGGUUUACUGAUGAUUCGCAGGACCGUUUGUUGGUGGUUGAGUUCAUGUGUAAUGGCACACUCUAUGAUGUUCUUCAUGCGAAUUCUAGCUCUAGCUCUAGGCCUUUGAAUUGGGGAAGAAGAAUCAGAAUGGCUCUGCAAGUGGCCAAGGCCGUUGAGGUUCUGCAUUCUCAGAAACCACCCAUCAUCCAUAGAGACAUCAAAUCUGCGAAUGUGUUGAUUGAUAGGAGUUUCAACGCGAGGUUAGGGGAUUUCGGGUUGGCCCUUAGGUGUGGUGUAGAUGAUUAUAGGCUUAGAUCAACUCCUCCUGCUGGAACUAUUGGAUAUCUUGAUCCAAAUUAUGUGACCCCUGAUAAUCUGAGUACGAAAACCGACGUAUUUAGCUUUGGAAUUCUGUUGUUAGAGAUUAUCAGCGGAAGAAAAGCCAUUGAUAUCGGGCAUUCCCCGCCUUCUAUCGUGGAUUGGGCGAUUCCUCUUGUGAAGAAGGGCAAGAUUCUAUCGAUCUAUGAUCCGAGGACUGUGCCCCCUAAAGAUCCCGUGGUCAGUAAACAACUGGCUUUGAUCGCUGCGAAAUGUGUGAGGUCAUGCAGGGAGAAACGGCCCUCGAUGAAGGAGAUCGUGGAUUGGUUAACCGGGCUGUGCAAACUGGUUCCCCUUCAUUCUUGGAACAUCAACAAUCCAUGUAUGAUGGUCGAGACAAUGGGUAGGCCGGUGGAGUACAGAAGAUCACAAGAGAGGGCUCAUCAUCGCCGAGAAGAUGAUGAUACCGAUGGUAAAUUUAGUAGAAACAUGAUGAGAGAUUCUCGGAAAGUGUAUUCCGAUCUCGGGAUCAGGAGCAAUUUGAUGGAACUAAUGGCUGAAACCGAAGCCGAGUCUCGAAUCUUGGACGAAGAUUGCAGCAGCCAUACAAGAGGAAAGAGUCAGACCCGGGUCGAUAACAACAGAAACAAGGGUCCUUCCAGGUUAAGGAGACAUCAAUCAGCCGGCGAAAGUUCGGAACUUUUCACAGAGAAAGAGUUCUGUCUUAGUGUCUGAUCAUCGUCGAAGUCGGUCCAUUUCUCCAUUGGAGCAAAGCUCGGAGUUACACAAGUAAGCCCUCCUUUCCAAAUUUCUCAGCAGUGUGAAAAACGUUUGUAAAUUCUGAGAUUUUCUUGAUCUGAAUCAUUCAAUUGCUCAUCA